AUGACCCCUCUUUGUUAUGCUCUCUCUUACAAUCGAAUAGAAUUAGCAGAAAUUCUUCUUUCGCAUCAUGCAGAUAUUGAAGCAUUUGAUGAUUCUGGACUGACAGCACUGCAUUAUGCGUCAAAAAAUAAUUUUAUAGAUGGAGUUGAAAUCCUUUUAUCUAAUGGUGCAAAUAUAAAUGCAAAAAAUCCGUAUAAUGGAAAAACAGCACUUCAUUAUGCAGCAAAACAUAACAGAAUUGAAACAGCAGAUAUUCUCAUUUCUAAUGGAAUUGAUAUUAAUGCUGAGAAUAAAAAUGAAGAAACUGCACUUCAGGUUGCAUUUAAUCAUAAAAAUGGAGAAAUAAUUUUGUUACUUAUUUUAGCUGGAGCCGAAUUUGAUGAACAGAAUUUUCCUCAAAGGUCGUCAUGUUGUUAUGAUUUUUUUAUGUCAUCUUACUCAAAAGCUGAAGAAUUUCAGAAAUAUAUUGAUAUCACAAACUUCAUAAUAUCGAAUGACUUCGAUUUAAAUGCAAAAUAUUGUAAUGGAAAAACUCUUCUUCAUGAUGCAGUUAAAAAUAAUAGAUUGAACUUUGCACAAUAUCUUAUUGCAUAUGGUUCUAAUAUCAAUUCAAAAGAUAAUGAUGGCACAACUGCUCUUCAUAUCGCAACGAAGAAUGGUUUAAAAGAAAUGUUAGAGAUUCUUAUUUCAUAUGAUGCAGAUAUCAAUGCAAAAACUAAUGAUGGCGCAACUACUCUUCAUAUCGCAACGAAGAACGGUUUAAAAGAAAUAUUAGAGAUUCUUAUUUCAAAUGGUGCAGAUAUCACUGCAAAAGAUAGAUAUUUAAAGACUGCACUCCAUUAUGCAGUGUUGAACAUUGAUCAAGAAAUAGUUGAAAUUCUUAUUUUGCAUGGAAUUGAUCUUAAUUCAAAAGAUAAUAAUGGAGAAACUGCUCUUCAUUACGCAGCAAGUCAUAGUUUUCAAGAAAUGGCAGUAAUCCUCAUUAUGCAUGGAAUAGAAAUCGAUUCAAAAAAUAAUUCUGGUAUGACAGCGCUUCAUUAUGCAGCUAAUAAUAAUCAAAAAGGAAUUAUAGAAACACUUAUUUCACAUGGGGCAGACAUCAAUAUGAAAGAUAAUUAUGGAUGUACUGCACUUCAUAAUGCAUCAACUGGAAAUAAUAAAGAAACUAUUGAGAUUCUUAUUUCACAUGGUGCAAAUAUCAAUAUAAAAAAUAAUAAUGGACAAACUCCACUUUAUUAUGCAACCACCAAUAAUCAAAAAGUAAUUAUAGAAACUCUUGUUUUACUUGGUGCAGAUAUCAAUGCAAGAGAUGAUUGUGGAAGAACUUUACUUCAUCAUGCUGUACAAUUCAAUCAAAAAGAAAUCAUCGAAACAUUGAUUUCACUAGGUCUGGAUAUCAAUGCUAAUGAUAAUAAUGGAGAAACUGCACUUCAUAAAGCAUCAACUGGAAAUAACAAAGAAACUAUUGAGAUUCUUAUUUCACAUGGUGCAAAUAUCAAUGCAAAAGAUGAUAAUGGAGAAAGUGUGCUUCAUAAAGCAGCAUAUUUUAAUAGCAUAGAAAUCAUGGAAACUUGCAUUUCACUUGGUGCAAAUAUUAAUGAAAGAGAUAAUUAUGGAUAUACCCCACGUCAUGAUGCAGCAAAAAGAGGAAACAAAGAAAUUGUGGAAUUUCUUAUUUCGCAAGGUGUUAAUAUAAGCAUAACAAACAACUCUGAAAAAACUGCCCUUAAUUUGGCAGAAAGAAAUAAAUGUACAGAAAUAGUUGAACUUCUUUCUUCAUAUGGAAAACAUGUAGAAUCAAAAUGCCAAUUUGAAAAAAUUGUUCAUAAAUCUCAAAGAUGCUACAAUAAAGUAAUGAUGCAAUUUUUAAGCUCGCAUUGGGAUGAAAUCAAAUCAAACGAUAAAUAUGAUUUCCAUGAAUUGAUAGAAUAUCUCGAUUCAAAUAAAAUGGAUAAAAAUAUUGUUGCUGGCUUUUUAAAGCAACUCAUUGUUCAACUUGAAUCAAAUACUCGUCAUAAAUGA